CUAUGGAGCCAUAACUGUCAUUCGUGUGUCAUAUCAAUUUUCCUUGUAAUUUGUAUUAUUGUUGUUCAACAAAGUUAUUUAUAAUGUUCUCGGGCCUAGUUUAUUAUGGAAAACGGCCAAACCAAAUAUGACAAAGACAGUCCUUCGCCUGAUAGUUUUUGGAGGAAGAGUGAACGCGCAGUGCCGGGCAGGCCUCGGCAGACGGGGCGCGCGGGCGAGGUUAUGUCGGGGUCGUCCUACCAGCAGUUCCAGGCGUCCGUGAACGACGCCUGGGACCUCGGCGACGACGACAUCAUCUCCGGCAUCGCUGACACCAAGAUCUCGAAGGCCAUAUCGCAGACUGCAGCUUUAAACGUGAUAAAUUCGCAUAGGAAUAGUACUAAGAACUCGAGUAAGAGUGAGGUGAAGGUGGAGGAAGAGAAUGAGAAGCCGGUGGAGAGCGUGUCUCGGAGCGAGGCGGAGGGCGUGAGGAAGGGCGCGGGGGCGGCGGGGUGCAGCGGGGGCGGCAUGCGGCACUACCCGGGGCGGCCGCGGCUGAUCAAGCUCUCCACUCUUCACUCGAAGGAGGAGAGCAGCGAGUCGAAGCUGGAGCGCUUCCAGCAGAUGCUGGCGCGGCCCGUGCUGGACCUCGACGAGCUCAAGCAGAUCAGCUGGUCCGGCAUCCCCGUGAAGGUGCGUGCAGUGACAUGGCGGCUGCUAGCCGGCUACCUACCUGCCAACUCGGAGCGCAGAGCCGAGACACUGGAGCGCAAGAGAGCCGACUAUCUGCACCUUGUGAAACAGUACUAUGACAGUGAAAGAGAUGAUGACACAUACAGACAAAUCCACAUUGACAUUCCCCGCAUGAGCCCCCUGGUGUCACUGUUUCAGCAGAUUACUGUUCAGGUGAUGUUUGAGAGGAUCCUGUACAUCUGGGCCAUCAGACACCCCGCCUCUGGCUACGUGCAGGGCAUCAACGACCUCGUCACACCAUUCUUCAUGGUGUUCCUGCAAGAGGCCAUAUCUGGUGAGGAGCUAGACUCAUUCCCGCUGGACCGGCUGUCUGAGGAGAGACGGAACGUCAUCGAGGCGGACUCCUUCUGGUGCCUCUCCAAGUUCCUCGACAGCAUACAGGAUAAUUACAUCUUUGCGCAGCUCGGGAUACAGUAUAAGGUGAACCAACUGAAGGAGCUGAUCCGGCGCAUCGACCUGCCUCUUCACGAGCACCUGCAGACGCACGGCGUGGACUACCUGCAGUUCUCCUUCCGCUGGAUGAACAACCUGCUCACCAGGGAGAUCCCGCUCGCCUGCACCAUCCGCCUGUGGGACACCUACCUGGCAGAAUCCGACGGAUUUGCCACCUUCCAGCUGUAUGUCUGCGCGGCGUUCUUGCUCCAUUGGAGAGAAAGACUCAUGCUAGAAAAGGACUUCCAAGGAUUAAUGAUUUUGCUGCAGAACGUGCCGACGCAAAACUGGUCGGAUUCUAAUAUAAGCCUGCUGGUGGCUGAAGCCUACAGGCUCAAGUUCGCGUUUGCCGACGCGCCGAACCAUCUCCAUAACGCGGGAAAAUCUGACAGAUGACGUGGGCGCCAUCUUGUUUUCAACGACGCGACGCCAUGUUGGAAUGCCAACGCGAAUCUUUAAACUUAUCGGUGAGGAUUCGAGCUGAUAUUAAACAAGGAUUUAUUGAUAAAUAAUUUGUAUGGAGUGUGUUAAGGGAAAUCUUUGUAAACGAGUUCACGUAGAUAGUGGCGCCCCGUGUCGUCCAGACUUAUCCUUGUAGAAUUUUAUAUCAAGAUUUUAAUAAAUUUUAUCAUAAAUGGUGUUCCAUGAACGCAAUGUUACGUCUGGAUGCGGCAGGGUAGUUUUGUAAUACAAUUUGGACUUAUUAACGUUUUAUUAAGAUCGUAUAUUUAGCGGGGUGGAUGUGAUUGGCCUAAUGAUAAGUUAAUUGUGUGAGAAGGAGGGCUCUCGUGGCCGGUUCAAGCCCAUAUCAACUUUGUUUCAUCUAAAACAAUAAUUAUUUUAAAUGAUAAAGUAUAUUUUAGUUAGGAAAGCGGGUUGCUGAUUCCAGAAGAUGUAUUUUUUUGUGAUUUUUUGCAAAUUUGAUUGUAUGUAAUAUUUUGAUUUUAUGAUAUGUUAUAAUCACAUAAAUAUAAUUAUACAUCGAUA